AUGGCUGACGAGUAUGCAGACUUGAAGCAGAUGUUGCAGCAGCAGCUGAAGCUGAUGGAGGCUCUGACCGUCAAGCUAUCCAAUUCAUCCAUGGGCCAAUCAAGCGCGGCUGGUGGUUCACAAUCUGUUGAUCACAUUGCCGGCAGCAUCACUGAAUUCCUGUAUGACCCGCAGGCCCAUAUCACCUUUGAGUCCUGGUACAAACGAUACGAGGACUUGUUCUCUGUCGAUCUGGCUGCCCAGGACGAUGCAUGGAAGGUUCGACUCCUACUUCGCAAGCUGGGUCCGGCUGAACACGAGCGUUAUGCAAACUUCAUCCUCCCCAAGAAUCCCCGAGAGGUCGCUUUCAAGGACACGGUUGAGACAUUGUCGCAAAUUUUUGGUGAUCAAUCAUCCCUUUUCAACACUCAAUUUCAGUGCCUGCAGCUGUGCAAACGCGAUUCCGAUGAUUUCAUCACGUAUGCGGGCAUUGUCAAUCGUGAGUGUGGGCGUUUCCAACUCGGUUCUCUCACUGAAGACCAGUUUAAAUGCCUUAUAUUUAUCUGGGGCCUCCAGUCCCCCAAGGAUGCUGGUAUCCGGACACGUCUCCUGUCCAAAGUGCAGCAGAACAACUCUACCACACUCCAAGAGCUGGCAGCAGAGUGCCAAACGCUGAUCAAUCUCAAGCACGACUCUGCAAUGAUUCAGAACCCUGCCUCAUCUUUCUCAGUCCAUACGGUCACAUCGACCAAAUCGCAUCCUGUUACACGGCCCAAGCAAGUGUCCAAGUCGAGAUCUCCGCCAUCUCCUUGUCGGCACUGUGGCGCGUGGCAUUUCCACCGGGAUUGCACUUUCCGCCAGCAUCGCUGCCAAAGCUGUAAUCAGGUGGGACACCGUGAUGGGUUCUGUAAAUCAGUACCAGCUUCUGGAGGCAAGCCAGCCCCCGCCACUCCUAAUUCCAGGCACCGUUUCCGGCCAAAACGCAAGCCCAAACCCCAGUCCGUUGGUAAUUCUCUGAGUCUCUUGGCCGCUUUCCAGCUCAAUGCGUCUGGUCGUAGAAAAUUUGUUGAUGUCUUGCUCAAUGGCCAUGCAGUUCGUCUACAGUUGGACACUGCCUCAGAUAUCACCAUCAUCUCUGAGAGACUCUGGCAGUCCCUUGGCAGUCCCACGAUUCAGCCGACUUCCCAGUCCGCCACAAGCGCGUGCGGUGGUCUCGUACAGCUAAUUGGGCAGCUGCAAUGCUGUGUGUCGUUCCGCGGUACCAGCAUCACUGCGAUCUGCUACAUCACCAAGUCUGAUCUAAACCUACUUGGUCUCGACUGGAUUGAACAACUUGGGUUGGCCGAUAUGCCGCUCCGCGUUGUUUGCAGUCAGGUGCAGAUUCCCGCUGUGCUUGCAGACCAAGCCAAGGACAUUCUCCAACGCUUUGCUCCAGUGUUCCAAGACGGCCUGAGUCGUUGCACAUACACUCAAGCCGUGCUACAUCUGUCUCCUGGAAGUUAACCAGUCUUCCGUCCAAAGUGACCAGUCCCAUAUGCAGCCCUACCACUUGUCGAGGCUGAACUGAAGCGUCUAGAGGAAUUGGGAGUUCUGGUUCCUGUAUCCUACUCCGCCUGGGCCGCUCCAAUCGUUGUGGUUAGGAAGCCCAAUGGCUCGGUCCGCAUUUGUGCUGACUUCUCCACCGGUCUCAAUGCCGCGCUGACGCCGAACUGCUAUCCACUACCGGUUCCGAUUGAUCUUUUCACCCUGCUGGAUGGUGGCACUUGCUUUGCCGAGUUGGAUCUCGCUGACGCGUAUCUGCAGAUCGAGGUCGCCCCAGAGUCGCGCGAAUUGUUGACCAUCAACACCCACCGCGGUCUGUUCCAAUACACCAGGCUGCCCUUUGGUGUCAAGACCGCCCCGGCCCUAUUCCAACAAACGAUGAACGCAAUGCUCUCCGGCAUCCCUGGCACAGCUGGGUACCUGGACGACAUCAUCAUCGUGGGUCGCUCCCCUGCCGAGCUGCAAGACCGAGUGUGCGCAGUGCUCGAACGCGACAAGGAUUAUGGCUUUCGCCUACGGGCCGAGAAGUGCCAAUUCUUCCUCGACUCCAUCAAAUACCUUGGAUUCGUUUUUGACGUCAACGGUCGCCAUCCAGAUGCUGAAAACAUUCGGGCCAUCCAACGGAUGCCUGCCCCCAAGAAUGUAUCGCAACUUCGUUCGUUCCUUGGCCUGAUCAGCUACUAUAGCGCCUUCCUACCAUCGCUGCAUGACGUACGGGCCCCGCUCAACCGUCUGUUGCAGAAGGAUGCUCCUUGGUGCUGGUCCCCCGACUGUGAAAAGGCCUUCGCCCAGCUAAAGUCGAUGCUGAGUUCAGAUCUGUUGCUCACGCACUACGACCCGACGCUGCCGAUCGUUGUUGCUGCAGAUGCUUCCAACCACGGAGUUGGUGCCGUCAUCUCACAUACUUUUCCUGAUGGGUCUGAAAAGGCGAUCAUGCGUGCAUCUCGCUCGCUAACCCCUGCGGAGAAGAACUAUGGGCAAAUAGAGAAAGAAGCUCUAGCCCUCGUGUUUGCCGUCAAGAAAUUUCACAAACUGCUGUACGGUCGCCACGUCACGUUGUUGACGGAUCACAAACCAUUGCUGUCAAUCCUCGGUUCGAAGAAGGGCAUUCCCGUCUACUCAGCCAGCCGACUUCAGGAUGGGCAACCAUCCUUCUUGGCUACGACUUCGACAUUCGCUACUGUCGUACUACAGACUUUGGUCAGGCUGACGCCCUUUCUCGCCUCAUCAGCAAUCAGCAGGAACCGGAGGAAGAUACCGUGAUUGCAGCUAUUUCGAUUGAGGACGGUGUGCGCCGUCCCGUGAUUGCAGCUAUUUCGAUUGAGGACGGUGUGCGCCGUCAGCUAUCAGACGCCAUACGAGGUAUCCCUGUCACUGCCGCGGACAUCCGACGUGCUACUGAACAGGAUCCUGUCCUCCGCCAGGCCAUCACCUACGUGCAGACCUGCUGGCCAACCACUGCUCUCGCUGGCGAUCUUCGCCAGCUCUUCCUCCGCCGAGCAUCGCUAUCUGUGGUUGACUCCUGCCUCAUGUUUGCAGACCGUGUGGUGAUCCCAUCUUCCCUCCGACCCACUGUACUACGCCAGUUCCAUGCGGCCCAUCCUGGUGCCAGCCGAAUGAAGUCUAUUGCUCGCAGUUUUGCCUACUGGCCGGGUAUCGACGGCGACAUCGACGACCUGGUUCGACGCUGUUCUCGAUGUCAGCAAGUUGACAAGAUGCCGCCUCGUCAACCUCCAAUACUCUGGCAACCACCGGAGAGGCCUUGGUCACGCGUGCAUAUCGACUUCGCUGGCCCACUUAACGGAGUCUCCUACCUUAUCUUGGUUGACGCCUACUCGAAAUGGCCCGAGAUUGCUCCGCUGAAUCCAGCAACCGCAUCUGCCACUAUCGCCUUCCUACGACGCAUCUUUAGCCAGCAUGGCUUACCAGAAGUCCUGGUUUCAGAUAAUGGUUCUCAGUUUAUCUCGUCGACGUUUGAAGAUUUCUGCCGCCAGCACGACAUCCAGCAUCUUCGCUUCCCGCCCUACCAUCCUCAGUCUAACGGUCAGGCGGAGCAUUUUGUCGACACUUUUAAGAGAGCCCUCUUGAAAGCUCGUGGGGAGGGGACCACGGACGAGAUAGUCCAGGCGUUCCUGUUUUCCUACAGGACGACACCGAACCCGGCGUCCCCUGGUGGCGUUUCUCCUGCCGAAGCGUUGAUGGGCCGAAAACUGCGUACAACGUUUCAUGCCCUCGUCCCUAUCGGUGCGCAGCCCGCACAGACUUCUCCAGUCUCUCGCAGCAAGCUCUCCAUCGGAACACCUGUCUUCGUUCGUGAUUAUCGAGCGGGGUUCCCAGACUGGAUUGAAGCAACCGUAGUAUCGCACAGAGGCAGUAUGUUGUUUGACAUCGACGUUGGUGAUGACAUCUGGGUUCGCCACCACAACCAGAUCCGACGGCGACAUUGCAGUAACACAACUGGGCUCGAUUCGGCGCCGUCACUCUCUCUCGACAUCCUUCUGGAUACCUUCGCCAUUCCGGCAGAUCAGUCGGUUCCCGAAUCCACUUCUGCGCCCCCUUCGGAUAUACCAUCUUCGGUAUCAGUUACCGCUCCCGUAUCUCCAGGCAUUAAACCACGACUAAGACGCCGGACCAACCGCGUGCGCCGAUCAACACGUCUGAUGCAGGUCAACCCACGCCAGAAGCGGUACUGA